AUGGACUCAGCUUCGGUCUCCAACAACAAUGGCGCGGAAGGCCAAACCAAAGGUGGUGCUGGAGCAGACUUGGACGUUCGCACAGUCUUCAAUGACCCCGAUAACUUCAACGUCAAACAUCCUUUAUUCAACAACUGGACACUGUGGUUCGAUAACCCCAGCGCAAAAGGAAUGACCAGCGCAAAGGGUGGAAAGGACUCGUGGGGAGAGGACCUGAACAAAGUUGUCACUUUCGACAGCGUGGAGGAGUUCUGGGGAUUGUACAACAACAUCAUUCCGCCAUCGGACUUGCCUCAGAAAGCCAACUACUACCUCUUCAAGGAUGGCAUCAAACCGGCGUGGGAAGACCCUGCAAACGCCGACGGAGGCAAAUGGGCCAUUCAGCUGCCGCGAGAUCGUAGUCGAGGUAAUAUCGACAAGCUCUGGCUCCAUACUAUGUUGGCGGCGAUCGGUGAGACGCUCGAGGCGCCAUACGACGGAUCUGCACCAGCUGUGGGUGUAAAGGAAGUGAUCACUGGAGUGAUCCUUAGCGCUCGACCAAACUUCUACCGCAUCGCCAUUUGGACGCGGGAGGCGGGGGACGCGACCGCAGAUGAGCUGGACCAGAGAUUGCUGGACAUUGGCAAGCACCUCAAGACGAACAUCAUGGGAUGGAAGCUGGGUCAAAAUGUGGCUUCAGGAUUGCAGUCUGACGUCGAGUUUCAGUCGCACAAGGAGAGCGAGAAAAAGAAGGGAAAGAAGUUCACUGUAUGA